CUUUCCCUGUAAUUCUCUAUUUCCUCCGGAAACCCUACGCUUAUAUCAAAUUUUCUACCGGAACUCCGACGUUUGUUUAUCUUCUUCUUUCUUCAAGUUGUAGUCAUGGCAAAGUCAAAGAAGCAUAAUUUUCAAAAACCUAAAGCCGGAAAACAGCCUCAGGCUAAAAAGCAUGGAAAGACAUACAAUAUAGCAGAAUUCAGUCCUUAUCUUGAUCCGCUGGGCUUAAAAAUUGUUCAAGUCACUGCAGAUGGUAACUGUUUUUUUAGAGUAAUUGCUGAUCAGUUGGAAGGUAAUGAAAAGGAGCACAAUAAGUAUCGCCUCAUGGUGGUUAAGUAUAUGAAGGAUCACCGGCCGGAGUUUGAACCUUUUAUGGAGGAUAAUAUCCCGUUUGAUAAACACUGUGAUUCAAUGGAAAAAGAAGGUACAUGGGCAGGCAAUGUGGAAUUACAAGUAUGUUCUCUUGUUACACGAUGUAACAUUUGCAUCCAUAAGUUGAUGUCACCACGCUGGUACAUAAGAAACUUUGAGGACCAUGGAACUCGUGUUAUCCACUUGUCAUAUCACAGCGAGGAGCAUUACAAUAGUGUGCGGUCAAAGGAAGAUCCAGGCAGUGGACCAGCUAGACCAGUAGUGAUUAAGGCAGAUGCUGAUCUUUCAGCUAUGUCAAAUAAAGGUAAAGCUGCUGCAGCCACACUCAAAGGGUUUUCUGGUAAGAAUGUUGAUAAAAGAUCGAUUCAAAUGGUUAUGUCUGAAGGUGGAUGUGAAAGCUUCGAAAGAGCUCAAGAGAUUCUACAACAAGUAUGUGGUGAUGUUGACGCUGCAAUAGAGUUUUUUAUAGCAGAGCAAAUAUCGGGUAGUGAUUUAGUUGAAGGGGUUGAUCUUCCAUCCAAAAGUGAUGCACCAGAUGGUGACUGUGGAGCUUCAGUGGUACCUCAAAAGAACACCUCCGAAUCUGGACAAACUGAAAAUAAGAAUGAUGAAAAGCUAACUCAUGGCAGUAACAGCUCUCAACAAAGUGUUAAGAAUUUACCAGCUGGCGGUUCAAAAAAGAAGCACAAGGAUUAUUCAGUCAAAUUGAAAUCUCCCACCGCAUCUGUAACAAAUCAUAAAUCUGGUGCUCGUAUGAGUAAAAAGGAAAGGAAACAUGCCAAGAAAGGUGGACCAAUGAAAGUUGCCCCGUCCAGUGGAUCUGAUGGCGGACUUCGACCUGACGUUGGGGCACUUUGUAUCUGAGCAACGGUGAGAAGGUGCCACUUCAAACAUUGUCAGUUAUCGGUUACACAGGUGUGUAGUUUAUUGGUCUAUGGGGUGGCCCAAUUUACAGUGUGCGGCACAUAUAACCAUCCCAAGGCCAGCCUUCUAAAAAUAUUACACAAAAGAAGAGGGACAUCACAUCAUGGGGGCUGUAAAACUCAUAGAGAUAGUCAGAUAGGUAGGAGAACAGGAAAAUUUUGGUUUGAGCUUUGCCAUUUACAAUUGUACAGAAGUUAUAGAGAAAAUAGUGAAUACUGAAGUAUAACAACAGGUGCGGUGCAGUUUGAAUAUUUUUUUGGUAUCAAAUAAAGUUUCAAUUAUAUGUUUAUGUUCUCACACAAUUUGCUGUCCAAGGAAGAUAAUAAUGUUAAAAUGAGAGAAGAGAAUUUGUAGGUC